ACAGAAUGAAGAAAAAAAAUUGUCUGUUUCGUGACGAGCUAGUGAUUGUCAAUCAAUAUCAUAAACACACAACGACAUAUGUGUCAAUUCAUCGAUGCAAGUUUCGACACCAGGAUAAAGUGCGUGCCGUUCCCGAAGUUGUCUUUAAAUGUCUCUUGCGUACUAUAAAAUGGCGACGCGUGACUUAAGAUUCCAUCAUUCCUCCAACGGUCACAAAAACAUAGCUCAAGAAUCAUGAUAGCACGUUUCCUAGCCUUGGCAGCUUUUGCGGCUUCGAGCUUUGCCGGUCACCAAAUUGGGGGUCACUGGUCCGGAACUAAAAUAUGCGAAGUAAUUGUCCAGUCCGAUAACAUCACACAGACUCUUCAGAAUUACACUAUCGAGGUCGAUAUCGAACAAAACCCUCUUGAUCUCAGUAAGUUCACCUUCAGUACCACACACAAUGAGUCGAACACUUUAAUAUAUGCCGGUACUAUAUCAAAUCCUGCACUGGCUUUCAGUCUUUGCAACCGCGAGAUGGGCGAUUUCGAGAGUGGGCUGUUCUUCAACUAUGUCAUCGCAAACACCUCUGUUUUAGUUGGCACUAGUACUGCUUACCAUCCAGAAUUAUUUAGUCCAGGAUCUACCUUCGCUGCCGCCCGUUGCUAUUGGGAGAUCGAAUACGUCAUGAUCUCGACAGCUCAAGCCGUUCCGUCCUGCUCUGAUGUAUCAAAUGUCACCCUCAAUGAACCAGGAACACUCAAUGACACCUUCAACGGCCCAGGUGCAGGCAACGACACCUUCAUCGGCCCAGGUGCCAAUAACGAUACCUUCACUGGUCCAGGCAUCGUUUUAAAUGACACCUUCAAUGAUCCAGACGCAUCUAACGGCUCCCUCAAUGCACCAGACAACGACAACACGGCUACCCCACCUACCACCGGCGCAACUCCAUAAUAUCAUUGGAGGACAAGUGUGAGCCCUCCCUCUGUAUGUUGGCGCUGUACAUGAAGAUAUUUUCGUAUUUAAACACACUGCGCAAGAGAUUGGACUGCUGACAGAGUGCUGCUCACAAUAGCGGCGUCUGUACUAUUUGAAGCAAAGCGCUACCUGACUUAAAAUAUCUUGCCGAAAAAAGUAACAUACCUCAGAUGCCACUGGCGCAGCUCGAGAUACCCUGGACGAUAUUAUUGGAGGACAAAUGUGAGCCCCCUCUCUAUAUGCUGGCGCUAUACAUGAUGAAUUGAUAAAUAUAUGUAAUAAUAAACACAUGGCGCAAGAGAUUAGACCGCUGACAGGGUGUUGCUCACGAUAGCGGCGUCUGUAUAAAUUGAAGCAAAG